GACUAGCAGCGCUGUCUUGCGGAAAAAGUUGGUAUAAUAAUUUUUGUGGCAACCUCCCCUGAAGAUCGGCGGCUAGGAUUUUGUAUUUUUGUGUGAUUUUGUUGAAAAAAAUGCCUCCAAAACGGAGGAGUAGCCGGAAUGAACAGCAGGCUGAUCGUGACAAUUUCCUGCAAACAUUUGAGAAACCCACACAGAUUUAUCGGUAUUUGCGGGCCAGGAAUCGGCUUUCGCCGAUAUUCCUGCAUCGGACACUGACUUAUAUGCCUCAGAGGAUGUCGAGGACGCACAAGAGACGCUCAACGUUCAGUGUGGAUUCUCUGCUGACGGAAAAGCUAAAGAGUAUCAAGAGAGCCAAUUGUCCGGAUGACUAUUUGUCUCUGGUGUUUAUGGGAUUUUUUGAGAAGGCCGUGGAUUCAUCCACGGCCGUUGGUUCUGAGUGUGUUCGUGUGGAAACGAUGCUCUUGAAGAUCUCACACAAGAAGCGCAAGGACAGUUCUUCGUCCAUCCUGAAGACACUGGGUGUGUCUGAGGUGACUGUGGGUUCAUCGGUGAACCAGAAAGUGCCCGUGAUGAGCCUGUCGACGGAUAUGUUUGACUCUGAAGAGGGACAAGUUACUCAUAUCUUGCUUUUUCGCAUCCAAACUCUCAAUGGUAUCAAGGAUUCCCAGCUCUAUGGGACAGAAAUGACCAUUUUUGACAAAUACGGCCGAUGCCUUCUCACUGAGGGAGAGUACCAAUUGACCCUGCAGGAGAUUAAUCAUCCCCCCGUGGCGGUAAAUGGUAAAUCGCCCAGGAAGUAUUCUUCAUGGGAGAAUUUGGCUAUAAUCACAUCAGAUCCAUCAGGCAUUGAAGAUUGCUUCGAUAAAGCUCCCAUUCUCAAAUUCAUGCUCUACUGGACAGAGAAGCCUCAUACGGGGAUCAUGGAUUCCGCUGAGAUGUCUCAAUUGUCCAAGAAUCACGAUAUGUCCAACAAGGAGAAUGAUCCGGGAGUUUUGGGGCACAAUAACAAUAAUUUUCAGACACCCACGGCCAAGAGUCAUCGAUUGGCCAUAGCCAAUGGACACAAUAUCUUUGGGAUUCCGGAGAAUAAGCUCCAGAUCGCCUUUCAGUUCAUCUACAAUAACAUUUCCCGCCAGAGCACCGAACCAUCGCCGUCACUCGAGUGUCCGUGGUGUCAUGUCAAUUGCAUGAGCCUCUAUUCCCUGCUGAAGCACCUGCAGCUUUGUCAUGCUCGGUUCUGCUUCAACUUCGUGCAAGUGGGCAAUGUGGCCAGGAUCGAUGUAAGCAUCAAUGACAGCUUCGAUGGCUCCUACAUGGGUUCUCCGCAUGAUCUCGUGGGUCCAGCGGGUUUCGCCUUUACCCGAUCCGGACCAGUGCGACGCACCUCAGUCACUCACAUUUUGGUCUGUCGUCCCAGGCGUCUCAAGCCCUCCCUGAGUGAAUUUGUUGAGCUGGAGGAGAAUGAGAUCAAUGGGCAGCGACCCUACAUCACUGGACACAAUAGGCUCUAUCAUCAUACGAUGACGUGCCUUCCGGUGCAUCCCAAGGAGCUGGACAUUGACUCCGAGGGCGAAUGCGAUCCACCGUGGCUGCAGAAGAAGACCAUGCAGAUGAUUGAUGAGUUCACGGACGUCAAUGAGGGCGAGAAGGAACUCAUGAAGCUCUGGAACCUCCACGUCAUGAAGCAUGGCUUUGUCGGAGACUGCCAAAUACCUUUAGCGUGUGAUAUGUUUGUGGAACUGAAGGGACGUGAGAUCCUCAAGAAGAAUCUCUAUCGCAAUUUUGUCCUGCACAUGUGUUCAUUGUUCGACUAUGGACUCGUGGCGCCGGAUUCUUUCUACAAGACUAUGCAGAAGCUCCAGAAGAUUCUCAGUGACUAUCACGAUGGCAAGCAGAUGCUUACGGAGGCGCGUCGUGAGCAUUUGACGUAUUGGAAUAAGUUUGGUGUUCAGAGGCAUAUUCAGCUGCAGAUGUUGCCCAAGGAGGAGCGAAAGGUCGGUGAUGGAGGAGGUGGUAAGGUGAAAGAGAGCAAGGAGAAUGUUAAGGAUACAAAGGACAAAGAUUCCUUCCCUAAGCCCAAAACGGAAUGUCGUGGAGUGGCCAUAAAGUCAGCAUCGAAUGUUACGGUGUCGCAGAAGCGUAAAGUAGCAGCUGGUUCGAGGGCCAAUGGACACGAGGACAGUGGCAAGAGGAAGUUCUCCGAAAGAGAUGAACCUGCGUCACCGCCACGACGUCGAAGUUCGGGCUCGACGUGGACAACGGCCGGAGGGGCGGAAAAACGGGCCAGAAUGGAGUUGAACAGGAGAAAGUCCCUCGGAGGUACGAAUACCUCAAAAACACGAUUGUCGGUGUCACUUACCAAAGUCGAUAGGGAAUUGGGAAGCAGAAAAUGAUUUUGUGAGAAAUUGUUCAUCAAUCGCCUUCGAGACACUAUUUAUUAUUUCUAAACUAUUUUUUCAACGUGUAGAA